AUGGAGCAAGGCAGUUCACUCACCCUGCCAUUGCGAGCACAGGUGAACAGCGGCACUAAAACGGACAACCUACCCACCCGAAUAGCUCAGAUUAAUGCUCAGCGCGGGUCUUUUCGCAACGUCACCGAACAAAGCUUGGAGGACGAGAUCGCGGCUCUGAAACAAAAGCGCAAGGAAAUCAGAGACGGCCAAGAUGAGGGGGAGGAAGCUUGCGAACAGACAGCUGACCUGGAUGCAACUGAGCGCCAUGAAUUGCUGUAUAAGCGACGAGCGGAAAUUGCGCAAUUUGCUGCGCAGGCGCACAUGGAAGUGCAAUUCGCGUUAGACUUUGUGUCGCUUCUCCUCUCCAAAUAUACCCCGCGUCAAGCAGAGCAGACCAUUUCGCCGUACCUUAAGCAAAAUCUCCCUACUGGUUCUUUGAAUGUGGAUGUUGUCAAGGCUCCCCAAAAGUCAGAGUCGAGUCGCAGGGACGCGCAAACGGUUGCCCGUGGGUGGAAGUUAGAGAGUUUUAAAUCAUCAGCCAAUAAGCUUCUAAAAGUUGCAUCUCGUCUCGAUAGUGAAGUCGCCGCCGAAACCAAGUACUGGGACCAGGUGCUAGCCAUCAAAGAGAAGGGCUGGAAAGUAUGCAGGCUGCCAAGAGAACGACAAGCUUUGGGUGUUCAGUAUGGAUUUUUGGAAGCCACUCCUGUUUUCCGCGACAGAGGCCUCGCAUCAUUACGACGGGCUGAUGACGGCACACUUAUAUUAGACAAAGGACUAGUGCCAAUAAGAUCAAAAGCAGUGCGGGUGCGUGUGAGAAAGGAAGGCAAAAUCACCGGCAGAUCGGAUUUAUCCCAGUUUGUUGCCGCUGCUGCUACCGAGGACUCGAUUGAGAAAACCAUCCUGCAAGCUCGCGACACUUUAUUCGAGGAAGAGCUUUUCCAUGAACUCAACCGAGAGGCACGAGCCCUAUCUAGCUCGGGAGUAACUACACAUCGAAAUCUGAUUGAAUUUGAGUAUGACGAAGGCGAGCAUAUCCUCCUAGAUCUUGUGGACCUGGCGGAUAUACCCAAAGAAACCGAACCGACAGAACCCACCGCACAAUGCGGCGCCAUCGCUGAAGCAACUGCUCACUCUCUUCGAAUUCUUCUAUCAUACGCCCACCGACAAAACUUACGCCGCCGAACACAAUUCCCCCCACCACUCACCAACCAGAAACGACCUACACCACAAUACCAACUCCUCCGGCCCAUUCUAUCCUACCUUCAACACGACGCGCAUGUCCGCUCUUUACAAGAAUUUCUAUAUGACAUCUACCAAGUUUUAAAAGCAGCCGGCCUUCCCUCAGAGUACACGGGCUCGGCCUUCUCAUCGCUGAAAUUCAAUACUAAACCCCAACACCAACACCUCCAACUCCCCGCUGUCGAAACCCUCGUAAGCCAAUUCCUCGAGCCUCUCGAGUCCCGAUUCUCAGGAACAAUGGCAAACCAGAGCAGCACGUUCAACAUCCGAAUCCACACCAACACCGGCACUGAAACAAAUCCCAACCAACGCCUCGCCACUACCACAUCAACAAUCGGCACCGAGUACGAACUCUCCAUCCGCCUGCCAAACUUCCCAUACACCCAACCACCCUCACGUAUCGGCGUGAAGAAGGAAGUUGAAUCCUUCCUCCUGCAUCUAUUAACCCUCGACUUAACGACCUACUUCACCUCCAUAUCACCGCAAAACACAACCCCCUCAAACCCUCCACUUUCUCUAUCAUGGGAAUCUCCCUUCCCGCAUCACGGCGAGGUAAUCGGCGUGAAACCCAACGACGAAACCAACCGUGCAUCGAAACAGCUAUGGAUCGAAAUCAAACGAGAUGCCCUCAUUCUACGAAUACUUUCUGAUAUCGACAAGAGCUUCGACAAUAACGAUGAGGGGGAAAGAAAAGAAGAAAUUUCGAAAUUUGUAGAUGGGGAGGGCGUGUUCAGAUAUACUCGACCAGAUAGGAGGGCUGCUCAUGCCAAGCUUCUCUAUGAGUGGAGACUCGGCGGUGAUAAUGAGCCGCGGAAGACGUUGAAGGAUGUUAUUGGCGAGAUUUCGCGGUGUGAUUGA